GACGACGACGACGACGACGACGACGACGACGACGACGACGACGGCGACGGCGACGGCGACGGCGACGGGGACGGCGACGGCGACGGCGGCGACGGCGACGGCGACCAAGAGCUUGAUGCCAGGCGGUCCUUGAUGCCAGGCGCGAGUCUCAGUGUUGUUUAUCGUGUCUUUGCGUGAACAGCAACUGGAACAGCGGGAGCGGUGCCAUAGCGGCCAACAGAUUAGGGAAAAGUUAUGAGGCCCUGCUUUAUACCCGUUGUCGUCGUCUUGAUCCUGAUCGAGGCACCUGACCGUAGUGAACAGCGAAUCUCUUUCAACACAGUGAAGACAUGGGCGCACAAACUGGGCUUCGAGUUAUCGCAGUUGGGCAAAUACGUGACAAACGUGGAGAAGUUCCACGAGAGUUACAAACAAGCGGAAGUGACGCCACGUGACGGAAAAUCCCUUGUUCACGAGAUCGCUAAGGAUAUUAAGGUCAUGAUGGAGUCCAAGAUCUCGGCUAUUAAGAGGAUAAUGGAUGUGGCCGAGACAUCGGCGUUGUCGGCGCUCGACGUGGAUCCGCCUUCGACCUUCGACUUUAUCAACGCGAAGAACAAUACUAUCGAUGUUGAGUACAGUCCUCAUUUCGGUGGCGAUGUGAACGUUAACAUGUCCGCGGUGCACGUGCCCACCAACGUGUACGAGCGCGCUUCAAAUGUCAUCCGGGCGAUCAAGUGGUCCGAGGCACUCGAUCGGACUUUUAUCAAUAAUUAUGAACAGGACCCGUCAUUGUCCUGGCAGUAUUUUGGCAGCGCAACCGGCUUCAUGCGCCAAUACCCCGCUACAAACUGGUACAUGCAGUCAGUGGAUCUGUUCGACUGCAGAACCAGGAGUUGGUACAUCGAGGCGGCGACCAGUCCCAAGGACAUUCUCAUCCUGAUGGAUACUUCCGGCAGUAUGACCGGCAUACGCAGAGAGAUCGCCAGACAUGUGAUUAACAACAUCCUCGACACGCUCGGCAACAACGACUUUGUCAAUAUCAUCACCUUCUCCAACGUGACAAAGGAGGUAGUGCCGUGUUUCAACGACACCCUGGUUCAAGCGAACUUGGCAAACGUACGCGAGCUGAAGAAGGCCAUUUCGCAUCUUGUGACAGAGAAGAUUGCCAACUUCUCCCUGGCGCUUACCACCGCGUUCGAACUGCUCGAAUCAUUCCGUAUCGAGAGGGAGGGUGCCAGAUGCAAUCAGGCGAUCAUGCUCAUUACCGACGGAGUGCCGUACAACUACCAGGAGAUUUUUGAAUCGUACAAUUGGAAAGACAAUCCCGAUGAGCCUCUCAAAGCCGACAUGCCCGUCAGGAUAUUCACUUAUCUGAUCGGCCGUGAAGUCGCCGAUGUACGGGAGGUACAGUGGAUGGCCUGCGCCAACAGAGGAUACUUUGUGCAUCUGUGCACCCCGGCAGAAGUUAGAGAGGAGGUGUUAAAAUAUGUGCCGGUGAUGGCAAGACCUUUGGUUCUGGGUCGUACGGAUCAUCCUACCAUCUGGACGCCCGUUUACGCCGAUAUAACCGACCCGAAGAUGACCGACUCGCUAUGGGAGCGGCGUGAGAACGAGGAACAGAAGGAGCGCUUCCUAGUUAACUACAGAAGAAAGUUGAACUCGGAGGAGCAGGACCGGCGAUUUGUGAAGAAGCAGAAAAGACGGCACGACCAGAGCAGCGAACUGCAGAAGUACAAACUGAUGACAUCGGUCAGCAUGCCGGUGUUUGAUCGACGCGAGAACGCGAACAUCACAAGGCAGGUGCUGGUGAACGAAGCAUACUGGAAGACAGAGACAAGAGAGACGAGGAUUGCCGAUCUUCUUGGUGUCGCCGGCACGGACGUACCCAUUGAAGAGAUCCAGAAGCUGAUGAUUCCACAUAUGCUCGGCGUCAAUGGCUACGCUUUCAUCGUCACGAACAAUGGUUUCAUCUUGAUUCAUCCCGAUCUCCGACCAGUGUUUCAGGGUAUUUUGAAACCAGCUUACAACAGCGUCGAUAUGGCGGAAGUUGAGCUGAUGGAUCAUGACAAAGGCCCCAGGGAAUUUGACGAGGGAAUCAUUAUGCUUCGUAACGACGUGGUGAAUCAAUUGGACGGCACUGUGACGCUUCAUACAAAGUAUCAUUACGACGAUAUGAAACGUGUCGGCAGAGUGAAAAGAAAAUACGACUACACAGGGAUAAAGGAUACUCCGUUCACGGUGGUAGUCAGCUUACCCGAGUACGAUCACACUACGAACUAUCGCGUGCAUGCUACUGAGGAGAUACAUCGAUCUCACGUUAAGGGAAAAAACGUGACAGAUUAUUUCGCGGGUAAUAACUGGCGGGUGCACCCCCAUUGGAUGUACUGCAAGUAUCACUACGAGGGUGAACACAGGUUCAACACCUCAGAGUUGCAGCUCCUACACUUUCUGGAGCGUACCCGUCAGCCAGGCUGGAAGUGGAUCGACAUGAAGCAACGAUCCCAACCGCCGGAAUACUCCGCUGCGAGUUCCGGUCACAGUUCGCAUUCUAAUCCUUACAAGGCCGACAGGAAUUCGUACUAUUGCGACAGGUAUCUGUUGCUCAGUUUGGUGUUCGACGCUAAGGUAACCGAAUGGUUUGCAAAUCCCAGCACCACCCGCGAGGAAACAGGACCUUUAGCUAGGCUGAUGAAUCUGCUGCCCAGGAAGGAGUUCCAGCAACGUUUCGGAGUGACUCUGGCAUUCAUGGCCACGCACAGCGGUCUGACUCGGUGGCAGGACUUCCCUUUGGACGAGGACAUGCCUUUACCGGAGGAUCACUUCAGCAAGUUAUACCCGAGAGCCAUCGACGAGGUGUGGUAUAAACGGGCAGUCGAACAAUACUACGUGCAUCCGGAGAGCUUUGUCUUCUCCGUGCCAAUCGACGACGAGGAUGCCGACAACACCACUUUAGUCACUGCCAGUCGUGCCAUAUUUAUCGGAAACAACCUGAAGGCGCCAGUCGCGGUGGUUGGCUUCCAGUUUCAGCAUACUGCCUUGCAAGCGCUUUUCCAGAACAUAACGUUUAAUUGCGAGGGACUUGUGAAUUGCCAUAAGCACUGUGGCGACGACGGCUGGGCCUGCUAUCUAGUCGACAACAACGGAUAUAUAAUUGCCGCCGAGAACGAGGCGGACGCCGGUAAAUUCUUCGGCGAGAUCAGAGGCCCGAUAAUGAGCAGUCUGGUGAAAGAAGGUGUCUUUGAGAGGAUAAGGAUCUUCGACUAUCAGGCAGUGUGCUUCAAAAACAUGCAGACCAACAACGCCGGCAAUAUUUUGCUUACGCCAUGGAAGCAUUUGCAGAGAGCAAUGUCGUGGGCGAUCGGACAAGCCGCUUGGGCCUGGGCAAAGACGGGCAUAUGGGAAUUCGAUUACGUGGAAGCGUAUGCGUAUGCUAACGACGAGGAGGUUAAUGUCGUUCACGACAAUUAUCACAAGAGUGAUAAAGCCGCGGAAAAGUCGCCGGAUGAUCCGAAGGACGAGAGAUCGUUCGAAGAGGCUAUCGUGAUUAAUCGAACGCAUCUGGAAGCGUGCGAUCAAGAGACGUACCUGUACUUGCGUAACGCCUCGUUCGAUACGUACGACGUCGAUGUGGAUGAAAACUGUAUGCGGCCGUAUGUGGUCCAACCGGUGAACUUUAGUAACAUGCUGCUGGUAGUGGUGAAGACCGACUGCGGUGACACGACAUCGCCGUUGCUUAGCAUCGUACCCGAGGAAGUGAUCUAUGAGAACAACACUCUGGUCUGCCAGAAGGCGUUCACCGGCCUCAAGAGGAAGCGACCGCAGUCCUGCAUACGCUCGCAUCCUAGGGAGAGCGAGAUCAAGGAUCAGUGCGGCCGCGCGACGAACGUCAGAUCGAGCCUGCGUCUGCUGCUGACGCUGUUGUCGUUGAUGUGCGCGUUGGCCGGACAGAACGUUGGCUAAAAAUCGGUAGCCAACAAUCGGUGUCAAAUUAGCCCAGUCAAUUCGCGAGUUAUUUUCACCGUAUGCCGCGAUUCGGACAGACGGAUUGUCGCAUCGUGAAAACGCCUCGGUGAUACGCGCAUUCGCGAUCGUCUCGUCCGGUGAGAUUAAGGUUGCCGUACGCGUUGUUACGCGUUGAAAUUCGACGGUUAUCCCUUUAUACAUUACUUCUCCUCUUCUUUCGUGUGCUUGUGCAAUCGUUCUUCUCGCUCUUGUCUCAAGCGAGAUAAGCCACCUUUCGUCAACGACAAUCGCGAGUUGUGUCACGUUUCAUUUUAGGUAAGAGCCAUCGCGAGGCGAGAAAACUGAGGGAAAUCACGAGAGCGAGUUAUAUGUAGUGUGUCUAUUCAAUUGAAUAUUUGCACUUUUAUCUUGAAAGGUGAAGCGGCUUAACUCGAUCGAAAUAAUUUUCUAUUAUAAUAUCUUUUAGUUUCUCCGCAAAUACGAAAUUUCACGAAUGGCCGUAGCAAUAAAAUGUCCACAAAUAAUGCGGGUUCACCACGUUUCGUCGCGGCGUCUCCUCUCACGGUUCUUGAUUUUCAAAUUUUGAACGAGUCGUCCCGCCCGAGUUACUGACACGUGUCAACCCUGAUCGUGGAUGUGUUUUGAGACAUUCUGUGCUCUUCUACCUCUCGUUACCGCGAUCAGGCCGUAAAUUUUAUGCAAGCGCAAUCGAGUUUCUCUGUACCUACGAAUAUACGAAUUUGUACCUACUGUACAAAUUUUGUGUGCUGUCGCGACACGCUACCCGGUACGCUCGGUUUCUAAUACGCGAAUACACGAGACAACGUGAUCAAUCAAACGUGGCGGACGCAAUCGAUAUCAAAAUGUGUAUUAAGAUACAAAAUUGUCCUCCAUCUUGUUAUCGACCUCAGAUCAAAUCAGAUUAGAUGGUCAUAAUAGGUGAGCUUAGCGUAGAAUCGUUCGCUAACACAUUUUUGGUCAUGAUGAGACAUACAGCGUGUCUCCGAUCGAAGCGGGUUUUAAUCGUCUCGAGACACUGUACCGGUCAAACAUAAAUACAUUGAAAGUUGUGACCACUAUCACUAUCCGCAGGGGAAUACGCCGCUAACAAUCGGAGACGAUAAUAGCAGAGAAGCUGGUGUGACGCGAUGAAGGAUUUGCAUAGGCGAUGCGCUUCGAGAUACAGGAAACUAUUCCCGAAAGAACGAGAACUAUUUCUCCUCGACGAGUUCAUGGACAAAGGAAUCGAUGGGAACGUGUCAAUAUUAUUCAAACAAUUUAGAGAUCCUAUCUCUAAACGUUCUAGCUGAAUAAGUUCCUGUCGAUUCCUCUUAAUGUAUCCGUUCCCGCUUUCGGAAUAGCUCGCGCUCCAUCGAAGAGUGCGGGCAAUUUGACGUGCUCGGUUCGCGCUUUGCGCGAAUACGAAGGCAACACGUAAAAUGUCGCGAACAUACAUUAGUAGGACAAUCGAACAAACGAUAGAUCUCGUAUGAAAGGAUAAAGCGUUCCGCGUGCUCUAGAAACAGCAGCCGGUAUUAAAUGCUAUUAUAACUCGUUGGCGACGUUGAUGACGAGGGGAAGAUUUGUAGAUAGGUUCUUUCCAGUCGUCGGAGCAAAGUCGCAUACUAUACAAAAAAUAUACAUGACACACACACACACACACACACAAACGGCGCAUUGUUCACAAACGCUACGAGAUACACAAAUCCACAUUUACGCUUUGUAUAUUAAAGAACCGAUGCGACGCAAAGAUCUAUGCGUUGCUCGACGUAUUUAUAGAAAAUUAUAAGACGUUAAUUUUGUAUAUUACUGUACUAUACAAAACAUGUAAAGAAGUGUGCCUUUGGACACGCAGUUAAGAUGAGAAAAUAGUGAUAAAAGAAGAGGAAAAAUAACUACACAAAAUCUUGUUGUACGUUUAUCGAAUAAAUUACCGAAUGUUCUAUAAUAUAAAUAUAGAAAUAAAUGAAAAGAA